AUGAGUUUCAUAAACGCUUCCUCCAACUCGACAGCCAAUUCCGACACGGGAUCAACCCUGACGCAGGAGGCGACACCUACAGGAUCUACCGCUGCAAAUCGAAGCAAUAAUCCAACCUCUUCAACGUCCGCUGCAAGCUCUGCGUCCACCGGACAAAAUCCCACUACUGAGUUUGUGUUGCCUUCAUGGGAUGACACCUCACAGUAUGGCCAUUGCUCUAUCCGCGGGCUUUUUUAA